AUGUUCGAUGAAAAGGCGUCGACGACAACACAAAAGAUGACACUUCCCAAUGUCAAAGAGCUCGCCAAAAGAUUCGAGUCUGGUGCCAAACUUGAACCGAAACCGACAAAACGAAUAGGCAAAUUUCGAAUCAUCGAAAACUCUGCAAAUUCGUCGAAAAUCUUCCGUAUUAACGCGUUACCGCGUCGUCGAAGCUCGUUGAAACGGCGAACGAAAAGCAUAGGCGAGAUUUGCUCGUUGAACUCAUCUGCGCAAUAUUCUGAAAUUCGGAAGAGCAAGUCGAUCGAUUUUGACGAGAAACGUAGCAAUAAAAACAACAACGAUAAUAAUAGUAACGGAGUUUUUCCCAAAUUCAAUAUUAGUCAAGAACGAAGCGACGCCGAAAAUCAAAAGCUGACAAUAGAAAGGAAGACCGUUGAGGGGGAGAACAACGUGAAACAAGUGCCAUUACCUGCACCACGGUCGAAAAUCCAAAAUAUGCCAGCAAAUCAAGAUGUACUUUUAUACGAAGAGCGUUGUCGAGUUUCACUAACCAUUGAUUCCUCUUCGUCAUCUUCUCAAGCACAACCUUCUCCGCCACCACCACUUCCAACCAUGCCGCCUUCGAAAGAACGAAUUCGAAGGAUACCGUCUCAUUUGAAGCCGACGCCAGCGCCAAGAACUUCUCCUGCACUAAUGGCUCCUUCAACAUUACCUCGACCAAAAUUCAAGUCGCCACCUCCUCCAACGAUGCCGCAAACCAAUGAAAAUUUCCCAAAAAUACCAAAUAUACCGGUGCCUGAAACUCCUGCGAUUAUCGACGACGAAGAUUGUUAUGAACAGAUACUGACGGAUGGGCCCCCAAUGUCAACAUCGAUGCAUCCAUAUAUGUCAACACAGAAUGAUGACUAUGCCUAUGGAACUACUGAUUUUUCCAGACCAACAGUUUCCUCUUCCCAAUGUCAUCGAAACGAUGACGACGACGAAGAAGUUUUCGAUGAGGCGACGGAAGCCGAAGAGAACAUGAUGCCAAAAGUGAAGCAACGAUUUCUUUCAGCAACACUGCAACGAAGCUCGAAAUCUGGCAAACGAGUAAGCUCUGUUGAACUUGAAAAAUUAUUCCGUUUCAAAAGUGAAUUUCAGCUGAAUAUUUCAAAAAAGGUUGGUCAGUUAAGGCAAAAAGUUGGGGAAAAACCAUCAAAGCGAACUUCAAAGUGCCACGUCAGUGUUGAUCUACUGGACACAGAUUAUUCGAGUCAGAUGUCCAAGAAAAAUGGUUCUAACAAACUAUUUGAGGACGACGAACACAUAUAUGGAGACGACUGGAGUAGCGAAGACGACGAUACUUAUCAAGAUGAUCGCCGUUCUUCAAUGUAUCGCCAACUAGAAGAACAACUCAACAAAGCGUUUCCCGACUAUUCGAAUCGAUCUCAAAUGUCGUCGGAUUAUGAGAGUGCCGAUUUGAUAGUCGAGUCGAGAAACAAUGAUGAAUCAAUGACUUCGUGCGUCGCGAGACCUGCUGUCGGGCAUCUUCCUUUGGAAGAAUCUUGGACACCUUCUCCCCUUCAGGAUGAACCGUCUCCCGAAGAAGCUGAUUAUCAAAGAAAAUACAAACUUCGAAUGCUUCCCAACGAGCAACCACUUUAUCAACACUAUAUGUUAGAGGCACGUGAAGAAACUGAGGAGCCCAAAGAAGUUGUUGCUGCUCCAAAACCCGAGGCAUUAAAUCUUGAACAGAUUGCGCUGAAGCCGGCGACUCGACGAGAAUCUUCGAUAUCGUCAGAUUCUGGACGAGGCGCUGAUUGCUCAACUACUUCAGCAUCUGCUCUCACUUCGAACACAUCGAUGCGACGUGAUCGUUUAGUUGGUGCCUCUAACUUUGGGUCACAACGCAGUUUAUGGUGCGAGUUGGCAGAGGUGAAAGCUGCUGGGCUUUUGGAAACUCUUGACGAUGAAAGUAAAUUGAGACAAGAAGCCUAUUUCGAGGUGAUAACAUCUGAAGCCAGUUAUCUUCUUUCUCUGAAUGUGCUCAUUACACAUUUUAUGGCAAGCCCGCAAAUGCUGGGCUCGAAGUCUGCGCAUUCGGUACUCUCUGAUUCCGAUAGAAAACACUUGUUCAGCAAUAUUUUCGCUGUACGAGAUUGUUCGGAAAGACUUCUCUGUGAUCUCGAAAGUCGUUUGGAGGAGAAUCUCGUACUCGAUGAUGUAUGCGAUAUUCUCCUCGAGCACUUUAACAAGCACUUCGAAGUUUAUGUGAAAUAUUGUUCGAAUCAAGUUUAUCAAGAUCGCACUCUCAGACGUCUCAAAUCUGACAAUCCUGCGUUCUUGACUGCUGUUCAGCGGCUAGAAGAGAACAAACAAUGUCAGGGAUUAGAUAUGAGAUCAUUCUUGAUGCUUCCUAUGCAGAGAAUUACGAGAUAUCCUCUCCUUCUCUAUGCGAUAUUAGAUCGUUUGGAUUCGUCAGAUGAGAGAUUCAAAACGGCGACGGCAGCGUUGAAUGCGUCGAAUCGUGUUGUUCGAGAAUGUAACGAAGGGGCGAGAAGAAUGGAGAGAACUGAGCAGUUACUCGAAAUUGAUAGAAGACUUGUCUACAAAGAUGCUGAUCUCAAACGAAUUCCUUUGGUUUCUAACAGUCGAUAUCUCGUGAAGCGUGGAAUUCUAACACAACUCGUGGAACGAAGAACAACCAAUAUUCUACAGAGUCGACAAAAGGCGAGAACACUUCAUGUCUUCUUAUUCUCAGAUAUUCUGAUGAUAACAAAGAAGAAGCUUAAUGGCACAUAUGUUUGCAAAGAUUACGCUUCUCGCAAGUUUGUAGAUAUGCAGCCGAUCGAGCCGGAUAACCCAAAGAUUCCUGUUGGAGCAAUCAGCGCGUUAGUAGGACGACCACAUUUGUUCCUUUGUACUUUAAUGAGAAAUGCGCGCGAUAGGCAGACUGAACUUCUGUUGUCAGCAGAAUCCGAAACUGACCGUGAACGCUGGUUGAGCGCUGUUCGACCUCCACCGUCUACUAACCCUGAAGAGAAAGUUUACGCCGAAUGGGAUUGUCCCCAAGCUCUAGUCGUCCACAGCUAUCAGCCAUCUCAAAGUGACGAAUUAUCGCUGAACAUUGGCGACACAAUCAACAUUCUUCGAAAAAUGCCUGACGGUUGGUUGUACGGAGAGAGGCUAUCUGAUGGAAUGGGAGGCUGGUUUCCAUCUUCCUAUGUGCAGAACAUCAUUAACGACCACACACGAGCAAAUAACUAUCGACAACGGCUACGCCUCAUUCAGGCAGCGGCGGGGUGGCACGGAAAUGUAUCUCCUUCGACAAUUGGGCGUGGGGGGAUGCCCUUGAUGGAUCGUCUACGUCGAAUGUCGAAUCCGAAGACUUACUUCCAAUCAGGCACCGUUGGACUUUAA